AUGGCGACCGUCAAAGACAGCGAUACGAAUUUGUGGCUCCACAACAAACUCGGGGAUAGUGAAGAUUUAUGGUCUGGAAUAAGUAGUGUUAGUUCGCAACUUCAAGGAGACGUCCUUAAGAAUGUCUUUGUUUGUUUCCAGAGUCUCCAACCGACGGUGAAGUUGAAAAUGUUAAUGUCUAUCCUGCAUAUGCCUCGAAGAAAUGUCGAUGAGUUCCAAGUAGAGCUAAAUGCUAUCAUCCACCUUGCACGUAAUGACUCUGACCAAUGGGUGUCUAUUGUUGGUGAUAUUCUUCAUACGUAUCCCAGCACUGGAAGCCUGAAUCUUGAGAUCGAGGAAGACCAUCAGUUUGUAGCUGAAGUUUUAUAUGAUUUACGCAAACAUUUGAGUAAGACUGAUUCAAACAGUUUGUUGCCGCUAGAAUGUCAGUACCUGAACAAGAAUGCUCUGAACCAGCUAGUAGGGAUGCAGGCACCUCCUGUCAAGCACUUUGCUCUCAAGAGGAAGCCCAAAUCAGCUGCCCUAAGGGCUGAGCUACUACAAAAAUCUGCUGAGGCAGCCCAGCAGACCAAGAAGCAGGUAGGAGCCUCCACUGUCCCCACCAAGAACAGGACCAGAAAAAUGGACGACUCUGUACCAUUGAAGGGAAUUCCCAAGGCUACUCCAGGAUUCCGAGCUGCACCUGCAUUACCUCGCACUAUUCCAAUCAAUCGUAGGAUGGCCUUUAACAGAGAGGGAGGUACAAAGUUACUUGACAUCACUGACCAGCCUCUAGGUGGGAACAAUAGAGAGGCCAAGAAACGGAAGAAGCAAGCAGAAUUGGAAGCCCAGGAGCAAGCCAAGAAGGAUAAGGAGGCUGCUCAAGCAGCUACACCAGACUAUGCUGCAGCUUUCAUGUCACCAGCAUCGGUCAAACCAGCCACUACUACCAACCCUCUAGACAAACUAGACGAGCCCUCAGUACCUUCAUAUGCACCUGCAGCGACUACAAGCAAGCCAAACAAACCAACAUCAUCACUUCUUAAGGGCUUUGACCAGCCAACUCCUUCCCUGUCCACCAAGACAGCACGAGAUAAUCUCCAGCAUCAACUACAGCAGUCAUUGGAACAAUCAGGAUUUAAUCUUCAAAAUCCUAACCCUGUCCCUGGGCCAACAGCCACACCUACUCCACAAAACCCUGCAUCUCAACCUGCUCCCGCCACACCAAGCUACCCCCAAACUGGAGCUAUUGGAGUUCCAUCUGGGACACCUCUUGGUACUGUAGGUGAAGCUCCUGGAUUGGCCCCAUCUACUGCAUCAACAAUGACUACUGGCAGUGGUGCACAGAAAAAAGCACUAUCACUAACGAGGGAUCAAAUGGUUGCUGCCCAGGAGAUGUUUCGCCAGUCAAACAAGGUUACUCGACCGGAGAAGGCACUUAUCUUAGGCUUCAUGGCUGGAGCCAGGGACAAUCCAUGUCCGCAGCAGGGUGAAAUUGUCACAAUUCGUCUGAGUGAAAAUCGAGAGAUGGUUCCACAGGCUGAGGGGAGUGGAGCAGAUGAUAUGGUUGUUGACACAUACUUUGAGAUGAACUAUUCCACAGGAAAAUGGAAGCGGUACAAGAAGUACAAACCACUUUGAAGUUAUUUCAAAGCAAAGAGUAACCGAGAGAGACACUUGAGACAAGGAGGAUGCCUUAAAGGAUGUUCCUCUUAAACAUUUCCAACAUGCUGGAAACUUUGGGCACUCAGCUGAGAAAUACACGUACUGUUGAUCCUUAAAAACAAACCAUUCAAAAGCAAUAACAUUUCACAUGUUGAAGUAGUCAGGUGCAGUCCGCAGUUCUCUCUGUAAGAACCAGCAGAAGUAUUGUGACUUAUUGAGUUUGCACACAGAUGAGAGCAUUGAGUAAGCAGAAAUCAUUUACCCCGUCAAAACACUUCUGUGCCUACCCACACUAUUAUUUUUCUGAACUUUUUGGAGCUUCAUGAGUAAUCGCUUUCCUUUGAAAUUACAAUUGCCGCAAUGACUUGACAAAAGAAACUCAAUAAACGUUCUCAUAAUUAGUUCUACUUUUGACGUUGUCGUUUAAGGCACUGGACACUGAUGGUAGUUACUCAAAAUAAUUGAUACCUUAAAAAACUUACUUGAUAAAGAG